AUGUCAGCAGAACCCGAUCGCUCCUUCCCCUUCGCGCACUCUUCCCACCUCUCCUCCGUCUCUUCCGUCGCCGCCGCCGCCGCUGCCGCAGCCGCGGCGGCCACGGCUAGCGUGGACCGCGCGUUUCCCUCCCGACGCGCGGCGCCCGCCGCCGCAGGUCCCGCUGGCGCAAAUACCAGCUCCGCCCCUCCCCGCGAGCCCAGCAGCCGCGCCCACUGGCGUGACCCCGCGGAGCCGCUUGCGCCGAGAGAGCGGCAAGGGCGGGGGCACGAGCCUAGGCAUGAGUACUGGCACGAUUACAGGCAUGAGAAUAGGCAUGCGAGUAGGCAUGAGUAUCGGCAUGAUUACGGGCACGCGAGCGGGCGUGCAGACGGGCAUGACUCAUGGCGGGCGCAGCGGGACUGGGGCGCGCGAGCAGGCGGAGGCUUUACAGCGGGGGAAGAACCCUCCGCGCGCCGGUGGGAUGCGCGGGAAGGCGCGGAUUGGCGCAACAGUGAGGCGCGGACGGACCCACGAGCGCGAGGCGGCGGUUGGGAGGGCGACAGCGGGAGGUGGCGGGGAGGGAGCGAGAGCAGCGCGAGUGUGGAGGGCGCGGGGGGACCGCAUGCGGGCGCCAUGAUUCUCCCGCGGGGCAGCAGCAGCACUGUUAGCACGAGCACGGGCAGCGCAGUGACGAGCAGCAUGCGUGGUGGCGGUGGUGGGGGGGCCAGCAGCGCGCACCUGAGCCACCUGGACGCCGCGCUCGUGUCCCUCAUCGGCCCUGCAGCUGCUGCGGCGUUUGCUGCUGAUGUGCACGCCAUGGGCUGGCCUGCUACCAUGCGCGCCCCUGGGCCCGCUGCUGUGCAUGGUGGCGCUGGGGCUGGUGGAGGGGAGGGAGUGGAGGCGUUCGUGCGUGACACACUGCACGUGACCGUGGACCGCGUGAAGAUCAAAGGGUACACGCGCAUCCGCGCCCUGCCUGUCGCCAGAGCCACAGCAGCAGGCGCAGGGGUUCCCGGAGGGGCAGCAGGCGCAGCAGGGGCAGCAGCAGGCGCAGGGGAGGGAGCGGUGGUGGGGGGGACGCGGUACCGCGAGGAGUGGGUGUCAGCAGGGUACGGGUACGCGGAUUUCCUCACAGCAGAGGUGGCGGAGUUUGUGAUGGCGAGGGAGGAGGCGCUGGUGCUCAAGGGACAGCAGCUGGGCCUGCAGCGCACCAUGGAGCAGAGGAGAGCACCCGAGGGGCUGCUAUUCCACUCCACCGUGCACCUUGGGUUUGUGCACCAGCCGGGUCAGCUCGCGCUGACGUGGCGCUCCAAGCCCGAGAGCUGCCGGGUGGAGUUUGACUUUCUGGAGAGGCGCGUGCGGGUCGUGGUGCAGGAGAGGGCGGGGGGGCGCGGGAGGGGUGGUGCGGGGUGGGGAAGGCGGGCGGCAGGAGGAGAGGCGGGUGCAAGGGACGAUGCAGGUGCCUCAGCUACCUCGUUCCCUGCUGCUGCUGGUGCCUCCCUCUCGUCCAUCCCGCUGGCGUUCCAGCGCGUGGAGUACAAACUAGAGUGGCGUAUGCGGGAUGUGCGCAUGUGGGGCAGCAAGGACAGCACCACGCGCGACAUCGACGGGCCCGGGCUCACCUCCUCGCUGCUGCUGCUGCUCUUCGUCCCCCCCGCUGUGUUCUCCCGUGCGUGCGACGACGACGUGUGGCAGCUUGAGCCAGACAGCUGGUUCCCUGAUGAUGGUGAUCCCUGGACCAGAACCACCGAUGAGCACUUCCUGCCUGCUGGGGGAAGGGCGGGCGCUGCUGCAAGCGCAGCAGCAGGUGCGUGUGUGGGCGUGGGGGAUGAUGGCGGAGGAGGGGUUGCUGGUGCAGGGUGGGGAGGCGGCGGGGAUGGUAGUGGUGGAAGCGGUGGUGGGGGGAGUGGGUGGAAGGGGCGGGUGUGGAGUGGGGGGAUGCUGGGGGCGGCGUCAGUGAUGCAGGUGUCGGUACCGUUGAGGCGGGGCAGCCAAGUGCGGCGCAUAGCAACGCACAUGCGCACCGCAUCGCUGCACCUCCGCGCGCGCUACCUGGGCGACCCACAGCGCGUCGCCAUCACCGCGCGAUAUGCCGCUGCCCCACCCAUCCACCUCGCCCCCUUCAUAUCCCUCGACCCCUCCUGUUUCCCCAUUACCGCCGCCACCACCGCAACCGACACCACCAACACCAGCAGCAGCAGCAGCAAGUCUGCGGUGCCUGUUGUGCUGGCCUUCCCAGUGCUGUACCUGCUCACAGCGCUGGUUCAGCAGGGCACCAUCCCUCCUACUGCCGUGACCGCCCAUCUGUACCGCACGCUGGCUUACGAGCCCGUGCGCGCUGCGGUGGCGGUGCUGAUCGAGUUCUUCCGCUUCUCCCGCCCCGAGUUCCACCCCGCUCGGAAGUUCCGCCAGAUUGCCAGGGCCAUGCGGCACCACGGCAAGCUGCAGGCACGGGAGGGUGUCGGCAAGGGGCGAGAGAAGGGGCCAGAGGGGACAGGGGAGCAGCGGAGUGAGAAGGGAGCGGAGCAGAAGGGCCCAGCUGCUGGAGAGCCGGAGAAGCCACCGCAGCAGCCACAGCAGCAGCCACAGCAAGAACAGCAAGCAACGGAGGAGAAGGCAGGGGCAGCGAGCGAGAGCGAGAGCAGCAGCGCGUGGCCGUGGAAGCUACCAGCGAACCACGUGCUGGUGUUCCGCGUGCUCAUAACCCCGCUGGGCGCGCAGUGCUGCAUGCCGGGUGUGGAGCUCACCAACCGCGUGCUCACGCACUACCGCCCCCAUGCGCACCGCUUCCUGCGCGUCACCUUCACCGACGAGGGCCUGGAGAACCUGCCGUCUUUUGCUCUCAUGGACGCCGCUGGUAGGCGCGAGGGCGGGGCUGGGCACACGGAUGUGUACCGGCGCAUUCUCAGCCUCGUGGAAGAGGGUUCAUGGUGCGUGCUGCACGGGGAGAAGCGUGGGGCUGCUGAUGGGUCCAUGCAUGUGUGCUGUGCUCCUUACCACCCUUCUACAUGUGUGCUUCCCUACCUUUUCAACCCUGUCACUUCACCUUGCCCUCACGCCAGCCAAGUACUCUCUUCCUUCCUAUCCUUCAGUUUUCGUUCACCAUUACUGUCCAUCACUUCUUACCUGCGUUACCUUCCCUCCAUUUCUCUCUUCGUCCUCCCCUGUCUCCACGCCCUACUUGUGCCCCUGGCGUGGCCUCGGCACCAGGGAUUCAGCCUGUGUGGGCGGCACUACUGCUUCCUGGCAUCAUCGGCAUCGCAGCUGAGGGAGAAGUCAGCAUGGUUCCUGGCAGAGGAUGCCAAGCUCGGCCUCACUGUUGCCUCCGUGCAGGUGCGUGCUCUGUUGGGUGCGCUACACUGCACUGCACACAAAGGAGGGGAGAUGCACGGAGGUGGCCUUGAGGACUGUGUUGCUGUGGGACUGGUUUGUAUACACUGCCGCGGUGCUCGCUGCAUGACCGUGCCUUUCCCUCCCUCCCUUGCCUUUGCCACCACCACGACACCGCACCACCAGGCGUGGAUGGGCACGUUCUCAGCCAUCCGCAACGUGGCCAAGUGUGCGGCGCGCAUGGGGCAGUGCUUCUCCUCGCGCUUCACUUCUCUCCCCCUCCCGUGCACCCACGUGCGCAAGCUGCCCGACAUCACACGCGGCAGCUUCUGCUUCACGGACGGUGUGGGUGCCGUGUCUCCAGAGGUGGGCAUGGCCCUGGCAGAUGCUAUUGCUCCCUACCUUGACAGACCCGUGGGUGACGGGUGGAGCGAGGGUGAGUGUGGGGUGUGUGAUGGAGAGGGUCAUGGGGGUGGUGGUGAGAGUGGCGCAGGCGGUGGGGAGAGGGGUUCUGGUGUUGGUGAUUCUGGGGGUGGUGCUGGGGAUGGUGUGAGUGGGAAUGAGACGGAGAGUGGGGAUGGGAAUGAGAAGGAGAGUGGGAUUGGGAAUGAGAAGGAGAGUGGGAUUGGGAAUGAGAAGGAGAGUGGGAUUGGGAAUGAGGAGAGUGGCAUUGGGAAUGAGAAGGAGGGUGGGAGUGGGAAUGAGAAGGAGGGUGGGAGUGGGAAUGAGGAGGGUAGGAGUGGGAAGGAGGAGACUGGGAGUGGGAACAAGAAGGAGAGUGGGAAGGGGAAUGAGAUGGAGAGUAAGAGUGGGAGUGGGAACGAGAAGGAGAGUGGGAAGGGGAAUGAGAAGGAGAGUAAGAGUGGGAGUGGGAACGAGAAGGAGAGUGGGAAGGGGAAUGAGAAGGAGAGUAAGAGUGGGACUGGGGCUGGCAGCAGUGGGACAAAAGGGAAGAAGGGGCGUGUGGUGGAGCGGGGGAGGGCAUUGCUGCGCGCACCAUCAGCGUUCCAAAUCCGGUACGCGGGGGUGAAGGGGGUGAUCACAGUGUGGCCGCGCUGGGUCAUGCAGCAAGUGGAGCACGAGGCAGGGCUGCACAGGCAGGCAGGCGGCAACUGCACCAAUAGUAGCAGCGGCAGCUGGGGUGCGAGUGCCGUGGGUGAUGCGGGCAUGAGUGGCGUGCAGAAGGGACAGGUGGUGAACCUCAUGUUCCGGGAGGGGGAUUACGCCACUGACUCCUGGAUGCAUGCAGCGGAGGGCGUGGGUGCUACUGGCUGUGGUGAUGCACAUGGGGAUGUUGUUGUAGGCAAUGAUGCCCGCCCAGGCCUGGCAGCAGAGCGUGAAGGCAGUGCAGCAGGGGCAUCAUCAGCAGCAGCAGUGACGCACAUGUGGAUCCGGCCCAGUAUGGACAAGUUUGAGUCGCAGCAUGCGGAUGUGGAGGUGGUGAACUGGACGCGGCCCCUGCCGUGCUUCCUCAACCGGCAGAUCAUCACACUGCUGGCCACCAUGGGCGUGCACCACCACGUCUUCCUGCACAUGCAGGUCCGUGCACCACCACGUCUUCCUGCACAUGCAGGUCCGUGCACCACCACGUCUUCCUGCACAUGCAGGUCCGUGCACCACCACGUCUUCCUGCACAUGCAGGUCCGUGCACCACCACGUCUUCCUGCACAUGCAGGUCCGUGCACCACCACGUCUUCCUGCACAUGCAGGUCCGUGCACCACCACGUCUUCCUGCACAUGCAGGUCCGUGCACCACCACGUCUUCCUGCACAUGCAGGUCCGUGCACCACCACGUCUUCCUGCACAUGCAGGUCCGUGCACCACCACGUCUUCCUGCACAUGCAGGUCCGUGCACCACCACGUCUUCCUGCACAUGCAGGUCCGUGCACCACCACGUCUUCCUGCACAUGCAGGUCCGUGCACCACCACGUCUUCCUGCACAUGCAGGUCCGUGCACCACCACGUCUUCCUGCACAUGCAGGUCCGUGCACCACCACGUCUUCCUGCACAUGCAGGUCCGUGCACCACCACGUCUUCCUGCACAUGCAGGUCCGUGCACCACCACGUCUUCCUGCACAUGCAGGUCCGUGCACCACCACGUCUUCCUGCACAUGCAGGUCCGUGCACCACCACGUCUUCCUGCACAUGCAGGUCCGUGCACCACCACGUCUUCCUGCACAUGCAGGUCCGUGCACCACCACGUCUUCCUGCACAUGCAGGUCCGUGCACCACCACGUCUUCCUGCACAUGCAGGUCCGCGCACCACCACGUCUUCCUGCACAUGCAGGUCCGCGCACCACCACGUCUUCCUGCACAUGCAGGUCCGCGCACCACCACGUCUUCCUGCACAUGCAGGUCCGCGCACCACCACGUCUUCCUGCACAUGCAGGUCCGCGCACCACCACGUCUUCCUGCACAUGCAGGUCCGUGCACCACCACGUCUUCCUGCACAUGCAGGUCCGUGCACCACCACGUCUUCCUGCACAUGCAGGUCCGUGCACCACCACGUCUUCCUGCACAUGCAGGUCCGUGCACCACCACGUCUUCCUGCACAUGCAGGUCCGUGCACCACCACGUCUUCCUGCACAUGCAGGUCCGUGCACCACCACGUCUUCCUGCACAUGCAGGUCCGUGCACCACCACGUCUUCCUGCACAUGCAGGUCCGUGCACCACCACGUCUUCCUGCACAUGCAGGUCCGUGCACCACCACGUCUUCCUGCACAUGCAGGUCCGUGCACCACCACGUCUUCCUGCACAUGCAGGUCCGUGCACCACCACGUCUUCCUGCACAUGCAGGUCCGUGCACCACCACGUCUUCCUGCACAUGCAGGUCCGUGCACCACCACGUCUUCCUGCACAUGCAGGUCCGUGCACCACCACGUCUUCCUGCACAUGCAGGUCCGUGCACCACCACGUCUUCCUGCACAUGCAGGUCCGUGCACCACCACGUCUUCCUGCACAUGCAGGUCCGUGCACCACCACGUCUUCCUGCACAUGCAGGUCCGUGCACCACCACGUCUUCCUGCACAUGCAGGUCCGUGCACCACCACGUCUUCCUGCACAUGCAGGUCCGUGCACCACCACGUCUUCCUGCACAUGCAGGUCCGUGCACCACCACGUCUUCCUGCACAUGCAGGUCCGUGCACCACCACGUCUUCCUGCACAUGCAGGUCCGUGCACCACCACGUCUUCCUGCACAUGCAGGUCCGUGCACCACCACGUCUUCCUGCACAUGCAGGUCCGUGCACCACCACGUCUUCCUGCACAUGCAGGUCCGUGCACCACCACGUCUUCCUGCACAUGCAGGUCCGUGCACCACCACGUCUUCCUGCACAUGCAGGUCCGUGCACCACCACGUCUUCCUGCACAUGCAGGUCCGUGCACCACCACGUCUUCCUGCACAUGCAGGUCCGUGCACCACCACGUCUUCCUGCACAUGCAGGUCCGUGCACCACCACGUCUUCCUGCACAUGCAGGUCCGUGCACCACCACGUCUUCCUGCACAUGCAGGUCCGUGCACCACCACGUCUUCCUGCACAUGCAGGUCCGUGCACCACCACGUCUUCCUGCACAUGCAGGUCCGUGCACCACCACGUCUUCCUGCACAUGCAGGUCCGUGCACCACCACGUCUUCCUGCACAUGCAGGUCCGUGCACCACCACGUCUUCCUGCACAUGCAGGUCCGUGCACCACCACGUCUUCCUGCACAUGCAGGUCCGUGCACCACCACGUCUUCCUGCACAUGCAGGUCCGUGCACCACCACGUCUUCCUGCACAUGCAGGUCCGUGCACCACCACGUCUUCCUGCACAUGCAGGUCCGUGCACCACCACGUCUUCCUGCACAUGCAGGUCCGUGCACCACCACGUCUUCCUGCACAUGCAGGUCCGUGCACCACCACGUCUUCCUGCACAUGCAGGUCCGUGCACCACCACGUCUUCCUGCACAUGCAGGUCCGUGCACCACCACGUCUUCCUGCACAUGCAGGUCCGUGCACCACCACGUCUUCCUGCACAUGCAGGUCCGUGCACCACCACGUCUUCCUGCACAUGCAGGUCCGUGCACCACCACGUCUUCCUGCACAUGCAGGUCCGUGCACCACCACGUCUUCCUGCACAUGCAGGUCCGUGCACCACCACGUCUUCCUGCACAUGCAGGUCCGUGCACCACCACGUCUUCCUGCACAUGCAGGUCCGUGCACCACCACGUCUUCCUGCACAUGCAGGUCCGUGCACCACCACGUCUUCCUGCACAUGCAGGUCCGUGCACCACCACGUCUUCCUGCACAUGCAGGUCCGUGCACCACCACGUCUUCCUGCACAUGCAGGUCCGUGCACCACCACGUCUUCCUGCACAUGCAGGUCCGUGCACCACCACGUCUUCCUGCACAUGCAGGUCCGUGCACCACCACGUCUUCCUGCACAUGCAGGUCCGUGCACCACCACGUCUUCCUGCACAUGCAGGUCCGUGCACCACCACGUCUUCCUGCACAUGCAGGUCCGUGCACCACCACGUCUUCCUGCACAUGCAGGUCCGUGCACCACCACGUCUUCCUGCACAUGCAGGUCCGUGCACCACCACGUCUUCCUGCACAUGCAGGUCCGUGCACCACCACGUCUUCCUGCACAUGCAGGUCCGUGCACCACCACGUCUUCCUGCACAUGCAGGUCCGUGCACCACCACGUCUUCCUGCACAUGCAGGUCCGUGCACCACCACGUCUUCCUGCACAUGCAGGUCCGUGCACCACCACGUCUUCCUGCACAUGCAGGUCCGUGCACCACCACGUCUUCCUGCACAUGCAGGUCCGUGCACCACCACGUCUUCCUGCACAUGCAGGUCCGUGCACCACCACGUCUUCCUGCACAUGCAGGUCCGUGCACCACCACGUCUUCCUGCACAUGCAGGUCCGUGCACCACCACGUCUUCCUGCACAUGCAGGUCCGUGCACCACCACGUCUUCCUGCACAUGCAGGUCCGUGCACCACCACGUCUUCCUGCACAUGCAGGUCCGUGCACCACCACGUCUUCCUGCACAUGCAGGUCCGUGCACCACCACGUCUUCCUGCACAUGCAGGUCCGUGCACCACCACGUCUUCCUGCACAUGCAGGUCCGUGCACCACCACGUCUUCCUGCACAUGCAGGUCCGUGCACCACCACGUCUUCCUGCACAUGCAGGUCCGUGCACCACCACGUCUUCCUGCACAUGCAGGUCCGUGCACCACCACGUCUUCCUGCACAUGCAGGUCCGUGCACCACCACGUCUUCCUGCACAUGCAGGUCCGUGCACCACCACGUCUUCCUGCACAUGCAGGUCCGUGCACCACCACGUCUUCCUGCACAUGCAGGUCCGUGCACCACCACGUCUUCCUGCACAUGCAGGUCCGUGCACCACCACGUCUUCCUGCACAUGCAGGUCCGUGCACCACCACGUCUUCCUGCACAUGCAGGUCCGUGCACCACCACGUCUUCCUGCACAUGCAGGUCCGUGCACCACCACGUCUUCCUGCACAUGCAGGUCCGUGCACCACCACGUCUUCCUGCACAUGCAGGUCCGUGCACCACCACGUCUUCCUGCACAUGCAGGUCCGUGCACCACCACGUCUUCCUGCACAUGCAGGUCCGUGCACCACCACGUCUUCCUGCACAUGCAGGUCCGUGCACCACCACGUCUUCCUGCACAUGCAGGUCCGUGCACCACCACGUCUUCCUGCACAUGCAGGUCCGUGCACCACCACGUCUUCCUGCACAUGCAGGUCCGUGCACCACCACGUCUUCCUGCACAUGCAGGUCCGUGCACCACCACGUCUUCCUGCACAUGCAGGUCCGUGCACCACCACGUCUUCCUGCACAUGCAGGUCCGUGCACCACCACGUCUUCCUGCACAUGCAGGUCCGUGCACCACCACGUCUUCCUGCACAUGCAGGUCCGUGCACCACCACGUCUUCCUGCACAUGCAGGUCCGUGCACCACCACGUCUUCCUGCACAUGCAGGUCCGUGCACCACCACGUCUUCCUGCACAUGCAGGUCCGUGCACCACCACGUCUUCCUGCACAUGCAGGUCCGUGCACCACCACGUCUUCCUGCACAUGCAGGUCCGUGCACCACCACGUCUUCCUGCACAUGCAGGUCCGUGCACCACCACGUCUUCCUGCACAUGCAGGUCCGUGCACCACCACGUCUUCCUGCACAUGCAGGUCCGUGCACCACCACGUCUUCCUGCACAUGCAGGUCCGUGCACCACCACGUCUUCCUGCACAUGCAGGUCCGUGCACCACCACGUCUUCCUGCACAUGCAGGUCCGUGCACCACCACGUCUUCCUGCACAUGCAGGACGCCAUGCUACAGCAGUUGGACCGCGCUCUCAGUGAGAGGGAGGCUGCACUGCAGCUGCUGGAGGAGUCAUGUGCCGACGACCUUUACAACGUGGCCAUGACUAUGCUCUCCGCCGGUUUCCACCCCCACCGCGAGCCACACCUCAAGCGCAUGAUGCGCGCCGUAAGGUCGCUGCAGCUGCAGGGGCUGAUAUCGAAGGCACGCAUAUUUGUGAAGGACGGGCGGUGGCUCAUGGGAGUGGUGGACGAGACAGGGCUGCUGGAGUACGGCCAAUGCUUCAUCCAAGUAUGCGACACCACAGCGCCCAUAUCCCCCUCCAACCCCACCUCCUCCUCCUCCACCUCCUCCUCCGCCGAAGCCCCGAUCCUCUCCCCCACGGUGCACAGCACGGGGCGUGGUCUGGGCGCGCCGCAAGUAAUCACCGGCCCCAUCAUAUUCGGCAAGAACCCCUGCCUGCACCCGGGCGACCUGCGCGUGCUCACAGCCGUGGACGUGCCGUGCCUGCACCACCUGGUGGACUGCCUCGUGCUGCCCAGGAGGGGUCCGCGCCCGCACGCCAAUGAGGCGUCGGGGAGCGACAUGGACGGGGACGUGUACUUUGUCACGUGGGACGCAAGGCUGAUGCCGCCCAAGGGGCGGAGUGAAGAGCCCAUGGAUUACCAGCCCGUGAAGAAGGAGGGCAAGGCCGCUGUCACCAUGAAGGACGUGCACCGGUUCUUUGUGGACCACAUGUUGAACGACAGCGUGGGCAUCAUCUGCAACGCGCACGUCGUGCACGCGGACCGCUCCCCGCAGCAGGCCUCCGACCCGGCGUGCCUGCGCCUGGCGCGCGAGGCCGCCAUCGCCUUCGACUUCCCCAAGACGGGCGUCGCGGGGCAGAUGCCGCGCGACCUGCGCGUGCAGGAAUACCCUGAUUUCAUGGAGAAGGGCGCGAGUAAGGAGACGUACGAGUCGGAUAAGGUGCUGGGGAGAUUGUACCGUGAGGUGAAGGAUACGGCUGUGGUUCAUGCGGAUGAUGAUCUGCCGAGAGUGGUGCCGGCUGUGGCGGAGGAGGAGGGGGCGGGCGGGGAGGAGAUGGCGCAGGAGCGGAGGGAGCGGGAGGAGGAGGCGGCGCGGGUGGUGAGGGAGGGGAGGGAGGGGAGGGAGGGGAGGGAGGGGAGGGAGGGCGUGGGGGAGGGCACGGGGUGGGAGGGCGAGGUGGCGGUGCUGGAGGAUGGGCGCACGUGGCUGCGGUGGCCGGGCGUGGAGGAGGUGGGGCGUGCGUACAGGGAGGACCUAAGGGUGGAGGGGUAUGAGCAGCAUGUGCAGGAGGCGAGGGCGCUCAAGUGGGCAUAUGACCGCUCCAUGCUGCACAUCCUGCACCAGGUGGGUACCAGGUGGGCGCCAGGUGGGCGCCAGGUGGGCGCCAGGUGGGCUCCCGGUGGGCAUCAGGUGGGCGCCAGGUAUGCAUUGGGUAGUCACCGGGUAGCCGUCUCUAUAGCCCGUCUUCUGGUGAAUCUUGCAGUACAGCAUGUGCUUAUCCAUGUGUGUGUGCAUGUGUGCUCCCCCCCACGGCGCGAGCAGUUUGGCAUCAUGACGGAGGCGGAGGUGGCAUCGGGCAGCAUGCUGCAGGCAGCGCACCGCAGCGGGCGCAAGGACGAUGCAGUGCGCGAGCACGUGCGCAACAUGUACGUCAACCUGCGCCGCCACUACCACCGCCUGCUCGUGUGCGGGGCAGAGCGAGAAGACGACGAUGACGAUGACGACGAUGACGACGGCAGUGAUACCUCUUCCCCUGCUGCUCGCACGAAGCAGCAGCAGCAGCGGCGGCAGCAGCAGAAGGAUCCGCGGCUGCGGGUGACGUCCAAGGUGAACGUGGUGCAGGGCAUCAAGGCCAUGCUGCCGGACACUGCUCCCACCGCCCACAAGCCCGGCGUUGAGGGAGCGCAAGAGCCAACGCGGCUGGACCAUGCAACGGUGCGGGCGCGUGCCUUUGCGUGGUACCACGUGUGCUACCAUCCCUCCGAGCUGCAGCGCGUGCAGCAGGAGGCACGCGGCUUCGGGCUGAGCGUGGCGCCGGUGUUUCUGAGCUUUGCAUGGAUCGGCGUGGACAUCCUGUGCCAGCACCUGAUUGCUGAUUGA